AUGGAGGCUGCCGCCGUCUCCUGCAGCACCAAUAACCGUGAGCUGCAGGCUGGGAGCCAUGUCCGCUCGGGCUCUUGCCCCGCUCUGCUUCUAGAGGCUGUUGGCGAAGACAGGCACGCCCGGAGAGCAGAGCCCGCCGAAAGAACCGACGUCCUCGCCCUAACCCAUGACCUUCAUUUACCUGUGGCUGUGCCCGAAGUUCCCUCCUCACCAAGACAUGAAUUUCCCGCAGACUGGAGUAUUAAAACACGACUUCUGUUUAUGUCUUCCCAACCUUUUACAUGGGCAGAACAUUUAAAAGCACAAGAGGAAGCUCAGGGAUUUGCUCAGCAUUGCAGAGCGACAGAAACAAACUUGCCACAGAGUGUACAGGAACCAAAACUGUCCACAGAACUGCGCUGUGCCUUUCAGCAAAGCCUUGUUUACUGGCUUCACCCUUCACUGCCAUGGCUGCAGCUGUUCCCUCGCAUUGGGGCAGACAGAAAAAUAGCUGGAAAGGCCAGUCCUUGGUCACAGGAUGAAGCCUUGCAACAAGUGCUAAUGAGCGACUGGGCUGUCAGCUUUACUUCUCUGUACAAUCUGCUCAAAGCCAAACUGUGUCCCUACUUCUAUGUGUGUACCUACCAGUUUACUGUCCUGUUCCGUGCAGCUGGUCUUGCGGGAAGUGACGUUAUCACAGCCGUCAUUUCCCCCACGACGAGAGGUUUAAGGGAAGCCAUGAGAAAUGAAGGGAUAGAGUUUUCUUUACCUUUGGUAGAAGACAGUAGAACCAGGAAACAGAAAAACUCUGAAGUGAAUUUGGAAAUGGAAGUCGCUAACAGCCUCGAAGUGGGCAACAGCAUGGAAGAAGGAGAGGAACCAGCUCCAAGCGAUGAGGAUGAUGACGACGACAGCUUUUCUUGGCUUGAGGAGAUGGGAGUCCAAGAUAAGGUUAAGAAACCAGAUGCUAUUUCUAUUAAGCUUCGCAAGGAGAAGCACGAGGUGCAGAGGGACCACAGACCCGAGUCCCUCGCGUUAGUGAAAGGAACAAACGCGUUCACCUUGCUGAACUUCUUGAUAAACUGCAAGAGCCUGGUGGCUGUUGCAGGUCCGCAGGCAGGGCUUCCGCCAACUUUGUUGUCUCCUGUUGCUUUCCGAGGUGGAACAAUGCAAACACUCAAAGCUCGAAGUAUAAAUGCCAAAGCCAGGGUUGACUUGGCGUAUGAGGACGUAUUCAGCCUGGAGAUCGUUGGCCCUGUCCUGCCUCAUUCCCUGCAUUCCUUGACUAUGCUGCUCAAAGCCGCGCAGAGGGGAGCGUUCUCUGCUGCCUUAUACACACAUGAGCCCACUGCUGUGUUUAACGCUCAGCUUGACCAAGCAAGCCCUGCCUUCAGCCAGGAAACCCUACACAAAGAUCUGCUUACGUGUGGACUGCAUCCCAAGACCCUGGAUCAGCUGAGUCAGUGUCCAACAUUGGGAAAAUCUUCCAUCCGAUUCCUGGAAAUGCGGGAUUAUGCUUAUACCUGGAAGCCAUAG